GAGGGAGGGGGAGAGAUUCGUGGGGGCAUCGGAUUCCGGGAGGGCAUUUUUUUAGCUGCUCGCUUAGCCCCAUUUCGCUUUCUUGGAUCCUCCAUUGCGGUGAAGACGAUGAGGCGCUCUUCCACCAGGAAGACAGGCACCCCAACCUCCGCCUCUUCACUUAAUUCCGCGGCCGAUCUUUUCCGCUCGGCAUCCAAUAGAGCGUCAGCAAAGGAGAUCGAAAGGAUUGAUCACUUAUUCAACUCCUAUGUUGACAAGUCAUGUGGAAUGAUUGACCCAGAAGGAAUAGAGAAUCUUUGUUCAGACAUUCAAGUGGAUCAUACUGAUGUGAGGAUUCUGAUGCUUGCCUGGAAGAUGCAGGCUGCGAAACAAGGCUAUUUUACACUGGAUGAGUGGCGACAAGGUCUUAGAUCUUUAAGAGCUGAUACUAUUGCCAAACUAAAGAAGGCAUUGCCAGAACUGGAGAAGGAAGUUUCAAAACCAGGGAAUUUCAAGGAUUUUUAUGCUUAUGCAUUUCGGUACUGCCUAACAGAGGAAAAGCAGAAGCACAUCGACAUUGAGAGCAUUUGCAUAUUGCUGGUGCUUGUUCUGGGUUCUCAGUACCGUCCUCAAAUUGAUUCAAUUAUCGAAUAUCUAAGGUACCAAAAGGAAUAUAAGGUUAUAAACAUGGAUCAGUGGAUGUCCAUUCAACGGUUUUGUGAUGAGAUAAAUUUUCCCAGCCUUGAGAACUAUAAUCCAGAUUAUGGGUGGCCGCUACUGCUGGACAACUAUGUCGAGUGGAUGAGAGGAAAUCCAUGCUAGGGGACUUUAACGUGUUAGCAGGUCUUUUCUUGCUUGACAAGGGGAAGCAACCAUAAAUGUCCGGUGAGUGCAAUUGUCUUCAGCUCUCAAGGGCAUCUGGCAGCCCCCCUUUUUCAUUGUUCAUUUAGGUUCAAUUUCCUGCAAGUGGGUUUCGUUCGUCAACAUUGGUGCAGUAACUAAACGGCAAGGAUUUACCCAUUGGAGAGAGGCCGGAGCCUUCGUUUAUUUUUUCUUGAGAUAUGUUAUGAUUGAUGAAGAAGUUCACAUUUGAUAUUUCAUUUUUCUUGGUCAUGUAUACACAGGUUUAUAAUAAAACUUACAAAAAGAAAGAGAAAUGCUUAGCAUCAGCUAGUUUGCAGUGUUAGUGAGCUUUACUGGUUAAAUGGAAUCUUCAUGAUCAUCAUUUCAGCGGUGUCUUUAAUAUACAA